AUGAAGACAUCAACACUGGUCGCCCUCUCGACGGGUACGGUGUUGACGGGGUUUCUGGCUUACGCCGUCUGGUUCGACUACAAGAGACAAUCUGACCCCGACUUCCGAAAAAACCUGAAGCGGAGCAACCGACGGAUGGCUCGCGCUGAAAAGGAGGAAGCCGAGGCACAAGGCGCUGCCCAGCGCGAGGAGAUCAAGAAGGCCGUCUCCCGGGCCAAGGACGAAGGUUUCCCCACCGAUCUCGAGGAGAAGGAGGCCUAUUUCAUGGGACAAGUUGCAAAGGGAGAGGGUUUGUGCGCUGAGGGUGCCGAUAACGUCGAGGCCGCCCUCGCUUUCUACAAGGCCCUUAAGGUGUACCCCCAGCCCAAGGAUUUGAUCUCUAUAUACGACAAGACUGUGCCCAAGGAGGUGCUCGAAGUACUCGCCGAGAUGGUUGCCCUGGACAGCGGACUGAAGCUAGGCUCUUUCGGCGAGACCGGUAGCUCCGAUGGUCACGGCGUCGAGUAA